AGCGUCAGUCGGCACACCGCCCGGGCGGGCGCCACACGACCGGGAUCUGCGCUAGCGAAAGGCGACGCGAUCAAUAUAAUUUCAGUGAAAUAUACCGCGGAUACGCCAACGAACGCUUUGAAAACGCGAGCGCACGAUUCUGUGAAUCAAAUACGAGUAAAGUGAACGAGUCUCGAGUGCAGAGCACGACGACAGACGGCGCACAACGAGAGAGCGAUUAGGGUUCCAAGAAGCCUUUCGACGAAACGAUUCGAGCUUGGUGCCGAAGAAGCCGCUGCUUCUUUGCCCCUCAACUUUAUUAGAAAGAAAUAUUGUUGUUAAAUAGUAAAAAACAAAACGCUAAAUAAAAAAAGCUUGAAUAACCAAAGAAAAUACAAGCGUUAAAUAACCGUCCAGAAUAGCCAACUCUCAAAAAAGUCCGCUAUAAAAAAGGGAACUGACAUCAAAAUGCAGACCCAAAUGGGAGUAGGGGGCGAGUUGCAAAGGAGCUACAGAAUGCAGGAUUUCACAUCGCCUGGCGUCAUUAUGAGGGAGCGAAGCUUCAUUCGCCCGCAGUCUCAUCAUAAUAUGCAUCACAACCAGUUUCCACACAAUGGGAAACGGCGGAGUAUGAUCCUGACUAAUGCCAAGGGAAAGCCUACGCUUGAGAUCUACAGGCCUCCGGGCGUCCGCACAGACGGCGUGGCGGCACCGACGACGGCUGCCAACAGCACCGGGGCGACAACGGGCACCACUGCGACGGCCGGCAACAAGCUAAAUGUCCACGCUAAGGAAUUCACCAUGGCCAAGCCCGUCGACCUGCAUAAUAGGUCAGCGAUGGGCAUGGGGUACGCGGGCGUGGGCUUGCAACACUCGCGGUCCGCGGUGCUGCACGCACAGGUGCCACCGCACUACCGGCCCGUGCUGCCGCCACACGCACUGCUCAACAGCACCUCCAGCGGCAAUGUGCCGCACGCCACGAGUGGCCCCCGUGUGCAUUUCAAACUUCAACCGCAGCAACUGGGUGAGAAGAAAAAGUCGCCGCCGUCGUCGCUGACUAACGGCAAUGGCAAGAGUAUCCGUCCGCAGUCGUUCACGCCUGGCCUCAAGCGCUCCAAGUCGCUGACGUCCGCAGACACGCUCGCCAGUGGCAUGGCUGCACUCGGCCUCGCUGCGGACGCCGGGGACCUGGGUACAUUCCCGCCAGAGAUACAGGAGUGCAUUGAUAAGGCAUUGGACGAUCCGAACUCGGUGGCGGCGCGCACGCUGAUGGAGGCGGUGGGGCACCUGGUGGCGCGCGCGGUGGAGUCGCCGCGCUACGCGCUGCCGGCCGCGCGCCGCUGCAUCGCCGUCGUCGAGCGCGAGCACGCCGAGACCUUCCUCGAGUCGCUGCUCAACACCUGCCAGCAGUGCUACCACGACCGCGACAAGCUGCUGGGCGCGGUGGUGGGCGGCGGGCGGCCGCGGCUGAUGGCGUUCCUGUCGUUCCUGCUGGAGAUGUACUGCCAGCUGCGGCGCCGCGCCAUCCAGCGCCGCGGCGCCAGCGCGCAGCCCGGCCACGUGCUGCUCACGCUCAUCGCCAAGUGCUGCGAGGACUGCAUCCGCCAGCCCGUGCCCUCGCCCUCAGACACGGAGAACCUGUUCUUCGUGCUGACGUACAUCGGGCGCGACCUGGAGGCGCAGCUGCCGGGCGAGCUGGAGCGGCUGCUGGCGGCGGUGCGCGACGCGUUCCUCAACCCGGCCGCCGCGCCGUCCAUCCGCCGCACGCUGCUGCAGCUCAUCGAGCUGCACGCCUCGCGCUGGCAGCUGCCCGGCUGCGCGGUGCUCUACUACUACCCUUCCUCUAAGUAGCGCGCCCGCUCUGCCCCCUCUGACCCCUCUGCCCCCUCUGCGCGGUGAGUACACUGUACCGCUCUACUCGUGCUACAGAAUACUUCUUCCGUGGUGUUAGAGUUGACAAAAUGGCCAACAAAAACACAGAGACGCAGCAUUGUGCAAUGAUAACAUCAGAUAGGUAUACUUACACGUGAUGCUGUAAUAUGUCUUUUAAAUUGUGUAGCGUAUAGUCGCAAAAAUGACAAGAUAAAGCUACAUAGCAUUGGCAAAAAUGAUAACGCAAAGAGACGUUGCAUUGUACGAUAAUAAUAACAGAUAAUUGCACUUAUACAUGAUGAUGUAAUAUGUCUCAUUGUAUCACGUGUAAUCGUGUAAAAAUCUUUGGUCAGUAGAACUUGACGUUUAUGUUCUAAGCCCCGUCUAUAUAACAGAUACUAUAUAAUAUAAGGAGGACUAUACUAGGAUAAUCAAAUCAUAAGUCACAUGUAUUUAAAUGCACUCACACAUAUUAAAGUUAUUUAACUAACACAAACACUUCUUACACUCACUCCUUAUAAUAACUCGAUUUACCAAUUUAGCUUUUCCAAACAAUGCUAUAUAAAGAAUUUUGUGGCUUACAUAGUACGCAAUUAUUUUUAAUAAAGAAAAGUUUUAGGAAGUGUAACUUUCGUGUAGGUUUUAUACAUUUUUUUUGUAUAAAUAUCUAGAAAAUAUAAUGACCUAAGGUCUUUAAUAUCUUAUAUGCAUAAUCAUAGAUAAAAUUCUACUGACAACUUGCGUAAUAGACCUUUCUGAACAGCUAACAUAUCUAAAUCAUCUAAUGUUUUGUUACUUUUAAUUAUUGUUGACAUAACAGUAGUUAUGUAUCUUAGACAAUAAGAUAAUUAUUCAAUGCAUAGAAAAUCUAGAUGUAUACAAGUAGUAAGCCUAAGAAGGACGACUGCAUGAUCCGCUAAUAAAAUGUUAUAAAUAUUAUCAUAUUUAGAAGAGUACACUAUAUAAACUUAUCGUUGUAACCUUAAUUAAACAGAUACUGUUCAGUCGUGUCAUUCGAUUACAACGGUAAUUAACUGUUGUAAUUGUUACGGAAGUUCCUUAAGUUUUUUACUUUUAAAGUGAUUUGUACGACUCCAGAAAUAUUGCAUUAGAGGAAGGGUAGUGGUUUCUAAUGUAGUUGUUGCGCCUAUAGGUUAGUUAUUUAGUAUACAAAAGUUACAAGCAUUUCUUAUCGAGUGUUUGGUUUCGUUUGACUUUUUCUGUUGUGAUGUUAGUAGUGUCGCGUUAGUUGUCUAAUGUCGAUGUAACUAAAACGUAGUAGGCGUAAACUGGCCAUAAGCUCAUUAAGCGUGCCUUUGUGUUGUAUUGGUUGUACAUUUUCGUUGUAUUUGGCUAUAAAAAAAAUAUUUUUAUCAUUAAGGUAUAUAAGGUCAAUAUGUGCAAGGCAAUUAUUAUGUCGAGGUAAAAUUGCUUUUAAUUAUUAAAGGACACAUUGACAGUAAUUGAUUGUACAUAUCGAUCUUAAGUCGUUUGGAGCCAAAUGUUGGUUCAACUAUGGAUUCUGAAAUUCUUGUUGAUUUUCUGAGCUACGUUUUAGAGAGACAUUUGUCGAGUUAUGCUCAGGACUGCACACAGGCCAGCGAAGUAUUUUUGCGUAAAGUGAUUAAUAUUUGUGUUGGUUGGACAUUAGUAUAAAACUAACCAUUUCGUUUAAUGUCGACGUAUAUUUAACGCAACUUUUAUGUAGCUUAUCAUAGUAUCAGCCAACAUUUCGCUUACACAAAGACACAUUAAUGGAAAUGUAUUUAAUUACUUAGUUUAAGGUGCAUUAUUAUAGUUUUAUGAGCGAGAUAUGCCUCGGAAGUAUUAAACUGUACGUGUAAAAUAAAUAGUUGUGGACAAAUUAACGAUGUACAUUACUGUACGACCUUCGCAUAGUACUUCGUGCAUUGUAUCCUUUGUCAAUUCUAACUUAGUCUUUUGCCAUCAUUUAAGGCUAACACUUUGUCUUUACUGUCCCAGUGAUGGUAAUUUUUACCAGUUUGAUUAAGACUUGCCUUUUUUAAAUAGCUUUGCAUAAGGCUUCCUUUUUUAAACCUUCGCUUCUUUUUCAAAUUACCGAGUAUAUACUGUAAAUUUAUCUAAUAAUGAAAGCGUUGUAGAUUGUUUUUAAAAUGCUAUUAUACGUACCCAUUGUAGAAUAUUGAGUUCCACACGCAGAUGUCUUUUGAAUUUAACAGUUAUUUUAUCAACAUAUAAGGUUUGACUGAUGUCUUAUGUGGAAUUAUUUUGUUUAUGCUUGUGAUAUUAUUUUAAAUUUAAGUUCGUUGUUUCCGAUCUUCUCUGUCCUAACCAAAGACUGUAUCAUGUGGAGACUUCGUUUAAAUUAUUAACAAAAUAUUAACUUGAUAUUGUUGAAGCCGGACCAAAUUAUCGUGUGUUACGUUUCCAGCUCCCAUACUUUCGAACUCUGUAUAUUAUGUCGGGUAAGUUGGAAACCUGCGACACACUUCGUCAGUGAAUAUUGUAAGUUCUUUCAAUUAGUUAUAGAAUGUUGUGUGAUCAAUAUAAUAUCAAAUAAUAAAGCUAAUAUUAUUUAAGCAUUAGUUUACGUAUAUGAAGAAUGUUAAAAAGACCAUAAACUUUUGUUAUUUCACAUUGAUAGCUAUCUAAGGUUAUGUGGUAUGUUUGUAAAAAAAAAUAAAAAACAAAAAAAAAAUGGUGCUAACACGAAUAUUGGUGUAUCGUAAUAUUCCUAUGUAAUCGGCUACGGGCAAUAAUAUAUUCUCGUUACCGCUGUAUUUCUGUACCUACACAUAAAACCAAUUUUAAUUAAUAAAUAAAUUGUACACAU